AUGGAGAGGGUCCGGUCCGAGCCGCCGCCUCGGCCACGCCAACCGUCGCGGGCCGCCCCGCGGCGCGCCGGUCCGCCCCCGCCGCCGGUCGAGGGCACCUGUUUUCACACGGCGGCGGCCGCCGAGCCUCCGUCGUCGUCGCCACCUGCCCCGUGCACGGCCGCCAUGACGACGGUGGCCUCGUCGGGCGGGGAAGGCCCGACGUCGGGCGUCCAGCCCGUGACCCGGCGGCUGCUGCAGAUGAAGCCGGAACAGGUGCUGCUGCUGCCGUCGGGGCCGCUCUUGUCUCCGGUCCCGGACGACGGCCUGGUGGCCCCGUCUGCGCAGGCGCGGUUGCUGCAGUUCGGGCCCGAGCUGCUGCUGUUGCCGCCGCCACCUCCUCCCCCCCCUCCCCCGCCGCCGCCGCCUCCCCCGCCGCCGCCGCCGCCGCCGCCCCUCCCCGACGGCGCCCCCUGCAGGCCGGAGUCCCGCCCCGGGCCGCCCCGGGCGCUGCAGGUCAAGGCCGAGAAGCCCGAGCCGGGGCCCGGCGGCAUGGACCUGGCGGUGUCGCUGGGACCCCGGAGGGUCAUCGAGACGGGAGCUAGAGCGGUCAGGGCCGCCAGAAUGGACAACGCCGGGCUGGCGCUCGACGGCCGCCGCGGAGAGGAGAAGAAGGCCAAGCUGGAGGUGGAGGAGGUCCUGAGGGAUGCGAAAGGCGGGGAAGGCCGAGCCCUGGUGGCCAUCGGAGAGGGCCUCAUCAAAACCGAGGAGCCCGACCGGCUCCACGAGGACUUCAGGCUGGGCCCGGAGGCCUUGGCCAAUGGCCUGAUCCACGGCGGCAAGGAGGUCAUCCUGGCACAGCCCCCCAGCGCCUUCGGGCCGCACCAGCAAGACCUCAGGCUCCCGCUGACUCUCCACACCGUCCCCCCCGGGGCCCGCAUCCAGUUUCAGGGACCUCCGCCUUCAGAGCUGAUCCGUCUGACCAAAGUCCCCCUCACACCGGUGCCGAUUAAAAUGCAGUCCCUGCUGGAGCCUUCGGUGAAAAUUGAAACCAAAGACGUCCCGCUCACCGUGCUUCCCUCGGACGCAGGAAUACCAGAUACUCCCUUCAGUAAGGACAGAAAUGGUCAUGUGAAGCGACCCAUGAAUGCAUUCAUGGUUUGGGCAAGAAUCCACCGGCCAGCACUAGCCAAAGCUAACCCAGCCGCCAACAAUGCAGAAAUCAGUGUCCAGCUUGGGUUAGAGUGGAACAAACUUAGUGAAGAACAAAAGAAACCUUAUUAUGACGAAGCGCAAAAAAUUAAAGAAAAGCACAGAGAGGAAUUUCCUGGUUGGGUUUAUCAGCCUCGUCCAGGGAAGCGAAAACGCUUCCCUCUAAGCGUUUCUAACGUAUUUUCUGGUACCACACAGAAUAUUAUCUCAACAAAUCCUACAACAAUUUAUCCUUAUCGGUCACCUACCUAUUCUGUGGUAAUUCCCAGCUUACAGAACACCAUCCCUCAUCCAGUUGGUGAAACCCCACCUGCCAUCCAGCUGCCCACACCUGCAGUCCAGCGCCCAAGCCCCAUCACACUUUUCCAGCCCAACGUCUCCAGUACUGCCCAGGUGGCUGUCCAGGCUCCGAGUCUGCCCCUCCGCCCAGCACUCCCACCCCAGCGCUUUGCUGGGCCUUCCCAAACUGACACUCAUCGGCUGCCUUCUGGAGCCAAUCACUCCAUCAAGAGGCCCACUCCUGUGUCUCUGGACACCACCAGCAGGAUUCCGACAAGUGCUAGUACCGCCCAUGCCAGAUUUGCAACCUCGACCAUCCAGCCUCCCAAGGAGUAUUCCAGCGUUGCCACUUGUCCUAGAAGCGCUCCAAUUCCCCAGGCACCUUCCAUCCCACAUACCCAUGUCUACCAGCCCGCUCCCCUCGGCCAUCCAGCCACGCUGUUCGGAACACCACCACGGUUCUCCUUCCACCACCCUUACUUCCUACCUGGACCUCACUACUUCCCAUCAAGCACGUGCCCUUAUAGUCGGCCUCCCUUUGGCUAUGGAAAUUUUCCAAGUUCAAUGCCAGAAUGCCUCGGUUACUAUGAAGACAGGUACCAAAAACACGAGGCUAUGUUUUCAGCUUUAAAUAGAGACUAUCCUUUUAGAGACUACCCAGACGAACGCGCCCACAGCGAAGAUUCUCGGGGCUGCGAGAACAUGGACGGGCCCCCAUACUAUAACAGUCACAGCCACUGCGGGGACGGCUACUUGAGCCCCAUGCCCCCGCUGGACAUGGGGGCCCUGGAGAACGUCUUCACAGCCCCCACCUCCACCCCCUCCAGCAUCCAGCAAGUCAACGUGACUGACAGCGACGAGGAGGAAGAAGAAAAAGUGCUCCGGAAUUUAUAACUUGAAAACCAAUAGCGCGGAAAAUAAACAUUUCUUAAACCAUAGACUGGGUCAGUUGGUGUAACAGCCCAGAAUGCCUUGCUCCGUGUCCAGCCGUUAUCCGAGGAGUCAAAACCAAAUGCAAGUCACAGCUCUCUAACGUUUUCAUUAGUGAAACGGGAGGCCUGCUGUUCCAUCAGAGGAAUUUGUCCAAAGCCUUUUUUUUCACGGCUGUAUUUUGCACCAGCGUGCGUUAUCAUUCCUUUAUCGUGGAAUAUGCAUGAUAGGAAAGCCUGCCCGGCAGCCUGUGAGGAGGAAGAGAGUAUGUCCCUGCUCUGAAAAGUGUGAUUUCCAUUUGAUCUCAGGAUACUUUUUAUUUUUCUGAAAUACUUUGUUUUAGUGUUUAUCUACUAUUUGUGAAUUCUGUCAGUUUUAAUGUAACAUUUGAAAGUAUUUUGAUAACUUUUGUAAGUGAACUGGGACUCAGUUACUCCAUUUAAUUUCCACUAAUAACCAAUUAUAUGUUGCAAAUGUGUUUUAAUGACACCUGGGAAACUCCUCCCACUCCAGUUAGUCAUUUCUGUUACUGAACAUUGUUACCAUCAUUCUUGAAUACCGUUUCCAUUGGUACACACUGUUGUAUUUCUAUUAUAAUUAAAUAAACACAGACAAAAUUCUUCUUGUUGGAUGUGUUCCUUGUGGAGGACAGAAAUAAGCACAAUGAGUGUUGCUCAUGUGAGAGUAUUUUUUGUAUCACAUGCAGAAGUUGACUUUGGCCUAACGCU